UAAGCGGUAAAAAGAGGAUACGUUCAUGGCUUAAAUGUAAACAAUUUAAAUGGAUUCGAAUAUAUUACGAAUGUGUGAAUGACAUGACGAAUUUGUUGAAUGAAAUGUUUGGAUUUUCACAUGUUAUCAACAUUUCAUUUUGCUUUUAUAUCAUUCUUACUGAUAUAAAUUAUGCGGUCACACACUACCAUGACCUACCCACAUUUGAGAUCAUAGCUAUGGCCCUUUGGAUGGCAAAUUCACCACUGAUAAUUGUUUAUUUAUCUCAAAGUGUGACACGAACUUUUACGUUGGUACAGAGCAUAACACAUCAUUUGAGUGAAAUGAACAUAUGUGUUUAUAACGCUACUCUCUUGAAUCAGAUUGAGACAUCACAAUUGGACUUCAUGCAUCAUUCGAUAUUUUUUCAUGCAAAAGGGUUAAUUUUGAUCAAUAACACAACAUUAUUAAAAUUAACUGGCGCAUCUAUUGCAUUAAUCGUCAUUUAUAUUCAAUUUUAUAAAUACAAAUUUUAGUGAUUAGAAAUGUAUUUUAUGUAAAUUCAAC